UUCUUCAUCAUCUUCUUCUAGCAACAAGACAGAUAUUGAUCUAGAUCUAGAUCUAAGUUUCAUUUAUAAGAAGCAGGGCAGCAUGGAAGAGGCAACAUGUGAUUUAGAUAUACAGUCAGAGGAAUUAACCCAAUUUUCAUAUUCUGAAGAUGUGAAGCCAGAGCUAUCUACAAUAUUUUCAUCUUCUACUGACAUAAAAACAGAAGUAUCAACAUUUUUGACUUCUCAUGAUAGUAAACCAAACAUGACAAUUAUAACUUCACAGGAUUUUAAAACCCAUGUUUUGCCAGACUUUUUAUCUAGUAGAGAAACAAAAACAGAAAAGAUAUUUUCAUCUUUUGAUGAUGUAAAACACAAUAUGACAUUUAUGACUUCUCAAGGUGAAACAACAGGAUUUUUUAUUGAUAAAGAUAUGGAACCUGCCGUAUCAGCAGUAUGUACAGGAUCUAAAGAUACAAAAUCAGAAUCAGCAACAAUAUCAACUAGCGAAGAUAUAAAAUCAGAAUUAGCAAUGUUACCAACUAGUGAAGAUAUAAAAUCAGAAUUAGCAUUGAUAUCAACUAGUGAAAAUAUAAAAUCAGAAUUAGCAAUGUUAUCAACUAGCAAAGAUAUAAAAUCAGAAUUAGCAACAUUAUCAACUAGUGAAAAAAUAAAACCAGAUUUAUGGACAAAAUUUUUAGAUUAUGAGGACAAACAACAAAAUGGACUAGAAGAUAAGCUAAAACUUUCUGAAGACAAAACAUUUAUGUCUGUUGAUCAUCAUGAACAGUGCUUUCAGAGAUCUAACUUGAAUAAACAUAAACAAGCUCAAGUAGGGGAGAGACCUCUUGAAUGUGAUGAUUGUCAUAAAAAGUUUUCAAACAUUUCUAGUUUAAGUAAACAUAAGAAAGUCCAUUUAUUGGUUAAGCCUUAUGAAUGUGACAUUUGUCAUAAAAUGUUUUCAUACGGUUCUAGUUUAAGUAAACAUAAGAAAGUCCAUUUAAUGGUUAAGCCUUAUGAAUGUGAUGUUUGUCAUAAAAAGUUUUCAUACAAUUUUUCUCUAAGCGAACACAAAAAAAUUCAUUUAAUGGUUAAGCCUUAUGAAUGUGAUGUUUGUCACAAAAAGUUUUUAAGCAGUUCUAGUUUAAGUAAACAUAAGAAAGUCCAUUUAAUGGUUAAGCCUUAUGAAUGUGAUGUUUGUCAAAAAAAGUUUUCAUACAAUGCUAGUUUAAUUAAGCAUAAGAGAGUCCAUUUAAUGGUUAAGCCUUAUGAAUGUGAUGUUUGCCAUAAAACGUUUUUCCACCGUUCUAGUUUAACUAAACAUAAGAAAGUCCAUUUAAUGGUUAAGCCUUAUGAAUGUGAUGUUUGUCAUAAAAAGUUUUCAUACAAUUCUUCUCUAAGCGAACACAAAAAAAUUCAUUUAAUGGUUGAGCCUUAUGAAUGUAAUGUUUGUCACAAAAAGUUUUCAUGCAGUUCUACUCUAAGCAUGCACAUAAAAAUUCAUUCAGGAGUUAAACCAUAUGAAUGUGAUGUUUGUCACAAAAAGCUUUCAAGCAGUGCUAGUUUAGGAAACCAUAAAAAAAUUCAUUUCAUGGUUAAGCCUUAUGAAUGUGAUGUUUGUUAUAAAAAGUUUUCAUACAGUUCCACUCUCAGCAAACACAAAAAAAUUCAUUUAAUGGUUAAGCCUUAUGAGUGUGAUGUUUGUCACAAAAAGUUUUCACGCAGUUCUAGUUUAGGAAACCAUAAAAAAAUUCAUUUCAUGGUUAAGCUUUAUGAAUGUGAACUAUGUCAUAAAAAGUUUUCAUACAUUUCUACUCUAAGCAUGCACAAAAAAAAUCAUUUAGGGGUUAAGCCUUAUGAGUGUGAUGUUUGUCAUAAAAACUUUUCAUACAGUUCAACUCUAAUCAAUCACAAAAAAAUUCAUUUAGUAGUUAAGCCAUAUGAAUGUGAUUUAUGUCAUAAAAAGUUUUCAUACAGUUGUAAUUUUAAUGCACACAAAAGAGUUCAUUCAGGAGUUAAACCAUAUGAAUGUGAUCUUUGUCACAAAAAGUUUUCAGACAGUUCUUCUCUAAACAAACACAAACAAAUUCAUCUAGUGGUUAAGCCUUAUGAAUGUGAUAUUUGUCAUAAAAGGUUUUCACAGAGUUCAAAUUUAAGUAGGCACAAAAAAAAUUAUACAUGCGAUAAAUUAUAUUAAUCUGAUGUUGGUCAUGAAAACUUUACCUAGAAGAGUGUAUGAAUUUUUAUGAUAUCUUUUAAAUUGUUGAAGCACCAACAGAUUAGCCAUUUUAAUCUUCAAUUCAUUCAUAAUCUGUAUAUAUUAAUAUUAGGAUAUCAUGUUUUAAUUUUUCUUGUAGGUCACUAGUAUUAUUUUUUCAUAUAUUCUAUGCAAAUACAGCUAAAUUGAUGUUUAUUGCAUAUAUUUAAAUGAAAAUAAAAGGUAAUUGCAGACCAUUAUUAAUAAGUUAUAAUGAUUGUAUAAUAUUAAUAAUAACCUAAUUAGACCAUCCUUGUGGCUGAACAUUUAUAGUUGAUCUUUUCUUUGGUCUUAGUCUGAGAAGUGUAAGUGGGAUCAUUCCCUAAAACAACUAUCAGUUUCUAAUGUUGACACUAUCCCACUUUCUUUUCUGUUUGCAAACAGUAACACCACACACACGUUGCAAAUUAAAAGGCAAUUAAGACCAAAAAAAUACUAAACUGAAAAUUGUUAUGUUCUGACAUUAUGGUAUCCUAUGUCUAGCAUAAUUUAUGUUUUGUUGUGUUUACUUUUUUGUAUUUUUUGGUUUCUUUAUUUUUAAAAACACUUUAAUGAAAAUGUUACUGUAGUCAACUGCUAUGGAAUUGUGACAUGAAAUAAAAAUUUCUCAUCAAAUCUGUCAAUUUCUAUUUAGUGUUUUACUAACAAUGUCUGUAUUCUAACAUUAAAAAUUCCACUAAGACCAAUAUGUGUUGAAUGCUGGGGUUUACUUGACCCUCAUCUGAUGAUUUAAUGCCUUAACAUGACAGGUUGUUGAGGUCA